GGGGCGGGCCGGGGGAGCGCUCGGGCCCCGGCCCGCAGUUCGAGCGGCGAGAGCGCUCGUCGACGCGACGCCGGGGCCGAGGGGAGCGAGCCGGCGCCUCAGUGUCCUUCCCCUCCCCACCCGUCGCCUGGCCGCCUUCUCCUAGCCGCGGCCGGACCGGAAUUAUGUGAUCCCGGAAGUUCCGGCGCCAUUGCUGUGUGGGAUAAACAGUAAUGGCGGAGGCUGCAGCUCCCGGAACAACAGCCACACCAUCAGGAGCAGGAGCGGCAGCGGCGGCGGCGGCGGCAGCGGCCUCCCCCACCCCUAUCCCCGCAGUCACCUCGCUGUCCCCGGGGGCGGGGGGCGGGGGAGGCGGCAGCGACGGCGGCGGCGGCGGCGGGUGGACUAAGCAGGUCACCUGCAGACGUAGAGAUGGGUUGGCAAGGAGGGAUAUCACUGUGAAGACUGAGAGAAAAAAGGCACGAAAAACAAACCAGAAACCCAGACGGUAUUUCAUGCAUGGGGUUUGUAAGGAAGGAGAUAACUGUCGCUACUCACACGACCUCUCUGACAGUCCAUAUGGUGUAGUGUGCAAGUAUUUUCAGCGAGGGUACUGUAUUUAUGGAGACCGCUGCAGAUAUGAACAUAGCAAGCCGCUGAAACAGGAAGAAGCAACUGCUACAGAUCUAACUGCAAAGUCAUCCCUUGCUGCUUCCUCGAGUCUCUCAUCAGUUGGACCGACUGUUGAUAUGAAUAUGGGUGAAGCUGAGUCAAGAAAUUCAAACUUUGCAACUGUAGGAGCCGGUUCAGAAGACUGGGUGAAUGCCAUCGAGUUUGUUCCGGGGCAGCCCUACUGUGGCCGGACUGCCCCUUCCUCCGCUGAAGCCCCGCUGCAGGGCUCAGUGACCAAGGAAGACGCAGAGAAGGAGCAAAGUGCAGUGGAGACCAAGAAGCAGCUCUGCCCCUACGCUGCAGUGGGGGAGUGCCGCUAUGGGGAGAACUGCGCGUAUCUGCACGGAGACGCGUGUGACAUGUGCGGGCUGCAGGUCCUCCAUCCCGUGGAUGCCGCCCAGAGGUCACAGCACAUAAAAUCCUGCAUCGAGGCCCACGAGAAGGACAUGGAGCUCUCGUUCGCGGUGCAGCGCAGCAAGGACAUGGUGUGUGGCAUCUGCAUGGAGGUGGUCUACGAGAAAGCCAGCCCCAGCGAGCGCCGCUUCGGGAUUCUCUCCAACUGCAACCACACCUACUGUCUCAAGUGUAUUCGCAAGUGGAGGAGUGCUAAGCAAUUUGAGAGCAAGAUCAUAAAGUCCUGCCCAGAAUGCCGGAUCACAUCUAACUUUGUCAUUCCAAGUGAGUACUGGGUGGAGGAGAAAGAAGAGAAGCAGAAACUCAUUCAGAAAUACAAGGAGGCAAUGAGCAACAAGGCGUGCAGGUAUUUUGAUGAAGGCCGUGGGAGCUGCCCAUUUGGAGGGAACUGUUUUUACAAGCAUGCGUACCCUGAUGGCCGUAGAGAGGAGCCACAGAGACAGAAAGUGGGAACAUCAAGCAGAUACCGGGCCCAACGAAGGAACCACUUCUGGGAGCUCAUCGAGGAACGGGAGAACGGCAACCCUUUUGACGACGAAGAGGAGGUUGUCACCUUUGAGCUGGGCGAGAUGUUGCUUAUGCUUUUGGCUGCAGGUGGGGACGACGACCUGACAGACUCUGAAGACGAGUGGGACUUGUUUCACGAUGAGCUGGAAGAUUUUUAUGACUUGGAUCUAUAGCAGCUCGGCGGGGUGUGUGAACUGGUCUGCCGAGCCUCAGACGGCAGCGGGCCUCGGGGGGUGGCGGCCGUGCCCGGGCCGCUCUCCUAGGCAGGCCUCUCAACUCCAGGUGCUGUCGUAAUCAUUUUUACCCAGGGCCUGUCUUCUCACCCCCUCACCUUUCCCCAAGGAGUAUGUUGUUUUCUCUGUUUGAAAAAGUUACAAAAAUAAAUCUGAAAGUUAGUUUUUUUGUAACAUGAAUUUAACUGUCAGACAGUUAGUGUAGGUUUGUCGCGUCACGUUUUACCACCAGAUCCACACAGUUCGAGGGGAGCGUACCUGGAUUUCCAGGACUCAUUUUGGAGGGCCCCAGGUUCAGAAGUACCCACACUGGCCCCUGCUUUGGGGGUCCAGGAAGCGGGGUGAUGGGUGAAGGAUCUGAACUGUAGCAAGUAGCCUCCUCCUGCUGUAGACUUGGGAGGCGGGUACUUGGUUUCUGGUAAAAUCUGCACAUGUGUGUUUUUCUGUCUGGUCCCUGUCCUGUCAUCCCCGCCCUGUGCACUCCCGUCCUGUGGUUUUGGUCUUUGUUUCAUUGCACACAAGUAAUAAUACUACUGGGUAACCAGAACCAGGUGUGAAUGUAUUUGAGAUUUUUACUGUCUUUAGCGUGAUAGGAAAAUUGUGAAAGAACACAUAUAAAAAGAUGGGAGUGGAAGAAAAUAAUGCAGAGUUGGAAGCUGACUCCCCAAGGCUGAUGGACUUGGGAUAUGUGAGUGUGAGUGCGUGACAAGCUUCCCAUCCCUGCAUAGAUGCAGUGUUUGUAGCCUUAGCGAAAAAACUCAGUUUAGUGGUUUCAGCCUCGUGUGGCAAAUAGAUCUUAAAGGACAAAGCAGUUUAUUGGUAGCUGUUAAUAGAGCAGUGCUAGCUCUGUCUGUAUAAAUAGAGAAAUGGGCUUAGCCAUAGAAGUGCAAACUUUCUGGUUAUCCCAUGUAUUAACACAACCUAGGGCGUGGGUCCACAGUUGUGUUUAAUGUUGUAUGAUCUCCUAGACUUCUCAGUCCAGGCACUUUUUGACAAACCUUUGUCCUCAUUUGAGGCGUUUUUGGUCAGGUUUUUGUGUUCCUUUUUUGUGGGUAUUUGCCUCAUUCCAUCCCCAAGCUUUGCAGCUAGACAGAUUCAAAACUACGUUCUAAGCUGUGUCCUGUAAUGGAGUCAUUGGUUGGCAGUAUAGUAAGUCAGGCUUUUCCACUAAAAGGGGAAACAGAGGGUGGUAAUCCACAAGAUAAGCUAAUGUUAAAUUGUUAGAAGAAUUCCUCGAUCGGAAAUUUUAGCUUUGCAUUUUGUUGCUCUUUCUUGAAAAUAACUUGGAGGUGCCCCGGAUGUGUCCAUCUACUGCUCUGAUGCCUCGGAUAUCACUCGUUCUUUUCACUUAAAGAAAAAAAGAUAAAAACAAAACUAAUUGUUGCAGAGGUCUCUGUAUUUUGCAGCUGCCCUUUUGUAAGACGCACUUUUCCCAAAUAAAACAAUUUUUAAAACCCA